AUGGACGAACAAGCAUUUUUAAACCAACAAAUGCGAGGAAAUGUUCAAUACAAUGUCAAUCAAACACAUCAAAUGCAGCAGUCACACGAACAGCAAUUAUAUCAACAACAACAUCAACAAGGUCGUCAACCAAUAUAUCAUCAGAUGAAUGUUAAUUAUCAAAAGGGGUAUGAUGGUGGCUCUCAGUACAAUCAUGGAAAUGAGCAGCAGCCUAUGUACAAUCAACAAUCUUAUCAGAUGGGAUAUAAUCAGCAGCAAGCUGUUUCCACACAAUACUACACGAUUCCGGAUGAUGACGAUUCAAUUAUUGUAGCAGAGAAUUGUGUUGUAAUGACUAGUGAUCCUUCUCCUGAACAAUUAAUGGCGCCUCAAUCUUCUAUUGGUGCUCAUUAUCCUCCUGAACAGCAACAAACCUCUCGAUACCCAUAUUUGCCGUCUAUAAGUGAUGGGGUACCUAGUUCUACUUUUUAUGGACAAGCUCGUCAACAACAGCAACAACAUAGAGAACCGCAUUAUGUUGUUGUAGAUCCUCUUACUUAUUCUGCAGGUUUUCAACAGAUACAUUCCCAACAAUCGACACAAAAACAACCACCACAGCGUCAAAUUUUACGUUCAUCUUUACCUAUUCAACAAGUUCAAAGAAGGGCUGCUCCAUUUGAAGAGGAAGAAGAAGAAAUGGAAGGAAGUGAUGAAGAUGAUGAAUGGCAACAAGAAGAACUUUUACAAACGACCUCACAACAGAGAUACAAAAUAAACAUUAAUGAGCCUAGAAUGACUAGGGCAGCAAGGCGUAAGCAAAAUUUUGAAGGCAAAAGUAAGCCAGAAAAGCAGAAGAAAGUCGAUGUACCGAAAAAAAUGUGUUCGGAUAUUUUCUCGGAUGAGGUGGAAAAAAAUGAAAAUUCAGUACAGAAAUAUGAGAAGAAAACGAUAUCGGGAACCUGGGCAGCAGUUUCACCAAAGAAAGAAAUUUUGGCUGAAAAACCGCUUUUGUAG